GUUCACCAAGCGAAAUUAAUUUCACAGAGAUUUAAUGAAACUAAGUCAUUCCAGCUACAUACAGCAUUUCUAACCUUCUGACCUUGACUACUGGUUUGUUGAUUUUGUUCUAUAUUUUCAGACAUAGACAUAAAAUCCUUUUUCUGUUCAGGGUUACCAAAAUCCAGAAGAAAAUACCAAAUUGAACAGAAAAUUUAGAUCGGCACAAUGAUGUUGCUACCUCUGACAGCCAUUUUCGGCUUUUUCGCCAUUUGUGGUGGUGUCCUUUUCAGUGGUCAAGUUGAUGUCACCGACAGUGCGGAAAGCAAGAUUGUCAAAGCCAACAACCAGCUUGCUCUGUCUGUCCUUAAGGCAUUGGAUAAGAAACAUAAUAUAGUUAUGUCCCCAUGGAGCUUGUCCAUGGCUUUUGGGAUGGCGUAUCUUGGUGCUUCAGGUAGAACAGCUCAUGAAAUGGAAAAUGUUUUGGGGUAUGGAUUCGUGGGAAUUAAAGGGGUGUCGGUUCACGACUUAUUGAGAAAAGAGGAUAAUUUAUUAAAGAGUGGUUCUAGUGAUAAAAAUGAGCUUAGCAAUGCCAAUGUAGUUCUGAUCCGAGAAGGAUACACUAUCUUCAAGUCAUAUAAAGAUAACUUAAAACGGUUCUACAACUCAUCUAUCACAGAAAUUAACUUCACCAGAAGACAAGGAGUGUUACAGUGGGUAAAUGCAUGGGGAUACAGGUCUUCCAAGGGAAACAUCAGGAAACUGCUGACAGAGGUGCCACCUGAAACCACCAAACUGAUGAUACUGAAUGGUGUAUAUUUCAAAGGUAAAUGGUCAAACCCAUUCAACCCCGAUUUCACAUACGUAGGACCUUUCACCAAUGAAAACGGUCAGAAAGUUUUUGUACCGAUGAUGUACACGAUUAAUGAAGUAUUAUUUACUGUAGACAAAAAACUGGGCGUCUAUGUUGUAGAUCUUCCAUAUGUUGGUAAUGACAUAAGCAUGAUAAUAUUUCUUCCAACACCAAACAGUAACCUCGAGAAAGUAGAGAACGCACUCACGUUAACUACAUUAGACGAAAUACUAACUCAGAUGGGAAAGGAAACUUUACAAAUUAUCUUGCCGAAAUUCGAACUAAAAGACGAUCGCAAACUUAAAGAAACACUGAAGUCUUUGGGGAUGCAGACAGCUUUCAGUGACAUUGAAGCUGAUUUUUCAGGUAUUACUGGAACACGUGACCUGUUUGUGGAAGAAGUGGUCCACAAAGCCGUAAUUCGGGUGGAUGAGGAGGGAACCGAAGCGGCUGCAAAUACUGUUUUAACUAUCAACAGUAAACGAAAACCUUUUGAGUUCCUUGUUAAUCGUCCAUUCCUCUUCUUGAUCCGAGACAAUCGAAGAGGCGUUAUCCUCUUCCUAGGGCAUGUUACCGAACUAAAAUGAUUUCAGGUGAAUUCUGUAAACACACCAUUCAGUAAAUACUGUUUUAACUAUCAUCAGUAAACGAAAACCUUUUGAGUUCCUUGCUAAUCGUCCAUUCCUCUUCUUGAUCCGAGACAAUCGAAGAGGCGUUAUCCUCUUCCUAGGGCAUGUUACCGAACUAAAAUGAUUUCAGGUGAAUUCUGUAAACACACCAUUCAGUAAAUACUGUUUUUAAUCAAUUUAUAGUUCUGUAAACACACCAUUCAGUAAAUACUGUUUUUAAUCAAUUUAUAGUUCUGUAAACACACCAUUCAGUAAAUACUGUUUUUAAUCAAUUUAUAAUUCUGUAAACACACCAUUCAGUAAAUACUAUUUUUAAUCAAUUUAUAAUUCUGUAAACACACCAUUCAGUAAAUACUGUUUUUAAUCAAUUUAUAAUACUGUAAACACACCAUUCAGUAAAUACUGUUUUUAAUCAAUUUAUAAUACUGUAAACACACCAUUCAGUAAAUACUGUUUUUAAUCAAUUUAUAAUACUGUAAACACACCAUUCAGUAAAUACUGUUUUUAAUCAAUUUAUAAACAAGCUUUUUAUCAUAAUUGUUAACUUUAAAGGAUAUUUUUUAUAUUUCUUUUAAGUUUUCAAAUAAUUCAGGACUGAAUAAUUAAAGUAUUCAAAUAAAAAGUUCUGCACAAUAUCCGAAAGACAAA